AUGACAACAUUGCCUCCAUCCACUUUCGCUCCAACACCACCCCCAACGUUUUCGCUCAGUCCAAACUCAGGGCUCGGAGGUGGUGCAUAUCGACGAAAGCCAACCACAACUGAGCCACCAUUGGACGAUUACGAUGAGCAAGAAAACGAGAACGCUAUCUAUGAGGAACCACCAGAGGAGGAACCUGACGAUGAUUUGGCAGCAAAAUUCGCUGCUGAAUUGUGUGCAAACGAGCGAGUGGACGGCGGUGGUGACUUCGAGCAAUACAAGGAAAUAUACGGCGAUCCGGUGCACUUGUUUGAUGAAAGUGGCUCGAUUCAGAGCAACACCCAACAAAAUCCAUUCAGAACGCCGGUAGCCUCAAAAGCUGCCGAACAACGACCGCUCAGAUUCCAUCCACCGCCCGGAGCAACUGACCCAGAUAAAGACACGGAGCGCUUCAAUCCUUUACUCACGCAGGGCUUUUGGGCUCCGGAUUUAACGCUUAUGAAUCGUCUUCUUCGGUCAACGCGCAAACGAUGUCACUCGACCGCGAAUGUUGAACAUAUCUGCGCUUGGCGAUCAGAAAUUCUUCUGAAAAUUGCGAAAUUACAGAUGUUCGGUUUGCUUAUCAGUGAGUACGUACCGAACACGUUCUUCGCACACGUAUUCGACAAUAAACUGGGACUGAUUCGUGAGUCGUUCAAGGCUCGCAAUCUGCCCAAAUUCAUCAAACCGAUCGCCAAACUUCUCUGCUCAACAUGUGAACUGCAACUUAUUGCUAACCUGACUGCAAGACCUAAAAUGCGGAUCGAUCGUUCUGGUGUCCGACUCGAUAUUCAAGGCGAUGUAGNACCAGCAAAGGAAUUUUGUAUUGACACAAUAAUAAUGUUUCAGGUGAAACCGUUCUUGAAGCACAGUCGUGUCUAUGGAGAUAUCGCGUUGACGAGUGUCGACAUUAAAAUGAAAAAUGUAAAAUUUCGCUGA